AUGCCCGGGCCCCGCCCCCCGCUCCUCGGCGUCGUCAUCGCCGCCGCCCUCGCUGACGUCAUCCUCGGCGCCGGCCCCGCCCCCCGCCCGCCCAACUUCCUGCUCAUCAUGGCCGACGACCUCGGCAUCGGCGACCUCGGCUGCUACGGCAACGCCACGCUCAGGACGCCGCACAUCGACCGCCUGGCCCGCGAGGGGGUGAAGCUGACGCAGCACCUGGCCGCCGCCCCCCUCUGCACCCCCAGCCGCGCCGCCUUCCUCACGGGGCGCUACCCCCCCCGCUCAGGCAUGGCGGCGCGCGGGCGCGUGGGCGUGUACCUGUUCACGGCGUCGUCGGGGGGGCUCCCGCCCAGCGAGGUCACCAUCGCGCGGCUGCUGCAGGGGCGGGGCUACGCCACGGCGCUCGUCGGCAAGUGGCACCUGGGGCUGAGCUGCCGCGCGGCCACCGACUUCUGCCACCACCCCCUGCGCCACGGCUUCGACCGCUUCCUGGGCGUCCCCACCACCAACCUGCGCGACUGCCGGCCGGGGGCGGGCACCGUCUUCGGCCCCGCCCUGCGCGCGUUCGCGGCCCCGCCCCUGGGCGCGCUGGGGGCGGCGCUGGCGGCCAUGGCGGCGGCGCGGUGGGCGGGGCUGGCGCGGGUGCCCGGCUGGGCGAUGGCGGCCACGGGCGCGGCCCUGGCGGCGGUGGGCGGGGCCGCGCUCGGCUUCCUGCUCGGCUUCCGCCCGGCCAACUGCUUCCUCAUGGACGACCUCGCCGUGGCCCAGCGGCCCACGGACUACGGCGGCCUCACCCGGCGCCUGGCGGACGAGGCCGCGCGCUUCCUGCGCAGGAACCGGGACCGCCCCUUCCUGCUCUUCCUCUCCUUCCUGCACGUGCACACCGCCCACUUCGCCGACCCCGGGUUCGCGGGGCGGAGCCUGCACGGGGCCUACGGGGACAGCGUGGAGGAGAUGGACUGGGGCGUGGGCCGGGUGCUGGCGGCACUGGACGAGCUGGGCCUGGCGGGCCACACCCUCGUCUACUUCACCUCGGACCACGGGGCCCACGUGGAGGAGCUGGGGCCGCGCGGGGAGCGGCUGGGGGGCAGCAACGGCGUCUUCCGGGGCGGGAAGGGCAACAACUGGGAGGGCGGCGUCCGCGUCCCCGGCCUUGUGCGUUUCCCCCGCGAGCUCCGCCCCGGGCGCGAGGUGUCGGAGCCCACGAGCCUCAUGGACGUCUUCCCCACCGUGGCGCGGCUGGCGGGGGCGGAGCUGCCCCGAGACCGCGUGAUUGACGGCCGGGACCUGAUGCCGCUGCUGCGCGGCGACGCCCUGCGCUCGGAGCACGAGUUCCUGUUCCACUACUGCAACGCCUACCUGCAGGCCGUGCGCUGGCGCAACGGCUCGGCGCUGUGGAAGGCCUUCUACUUCACGCCCAAGUUCGCGCCCGCGGGGUCGGGCGGCUGCUUCCCCACCCACGUCUGCUUCUGCGCGGGCGCCGCCCACGUCACGCGCCACGACCCCCCGCUGCUCUUCGACCUCGCGCGCGACCCCGGCGAGCGCCGCCCCCUGACCCCCGAGGCCGAGCCCCGCUACCGCCGCGUCCUCGACGCCGUCGACGCCGCCGUCCGCGCCCACCGCGCCGGGCUCCGCCCCGCGCCCGACCAGCUGGACCCCGCCCACCUCGUGUGGAAGCCCUGGCUGCAGAUCUGGGGCCGCGGCGGGGCGGGGCCCGGGGACGACGGCCACGCCCAGGGAGACGACGGCCACGCCCACGGCGACGACGGCCACGCCCACAGUGACGACAGCGACGCCCAUAAUGACGAUGGCCACGCCCACAGUGAUGAAGACCACGCCCACGACGAAAACGGCCACGCCCACCGCGACAGUGGACACACCCACAGUGAUGACAGCCACGCCCUCGAUGACGGCCACGCCCAUAAUGACGAUGGCCACGCCCACGGCACCAGCGAAGACAGCCACGCCCACAGCGACGGUGGCCACGCCCGCGGUGACGACGGCCACGCCCAGCGAAGCGAACUCUGACUUCCUGGGUCCCUCGGGUCAGAGGUCGCCACCCUGUGACCUCUGACCCCCCACGCCCAGGCCCCCCGAGCCCCGCCCACCGGUCAAUGAAGGGACGAUGACGUCACACCGCGCUGACCUCACCCCCGCCCCGCCCCCCGCCGCUCAGUGUUAACAAUA